GUCGUCGGCCACUUGUUAGGGAAGUGAGAAUUAAAAUAGGAAAAAUAGCUGUCGGUCUCCCCCCUUUGUUUUGUGUUGAAUUGAAAAGAUGGAUGAAGAAAUAAUCGAAUUAUCCAGUGACGAUGACGUUCGCGUUCAACAGAUUGCUGAAAAUCCCAACAUGGAUAACAUUAAGAAAAUGGAUACUGAAAUAAAAAAAAAAAUAACUGAAAAAAGAAGAAUUUUGACGUCGAACUCCAUCAGGGUCCCACUACAAAUUAUGGCAGAAGAGGCAGUAAAUGCCUACAACAGCAGUCAUCCGGAUAGUCCGCCAAUAUCCAUCACACAGGAAUUGUUGCGGACUUUGUCUACUAAGUUUUGGGAUAAGGAAAGUCAGGCACAAAGUUCUAGUAAAGCGAUUCACGAAAUGGAACGCGUGAAUAUUGAUAGUCUUACCGUUCCCCACGUGGAGUCCAUUUUGAAGUUAAGUGCAGAAAAGGGAAAGUUAAUGGAAUUGGAAAGAGAAAAAUUUGCCAAUUCAUCCAACGCAGCAUCCAGUCAACAAAGGGGAAAAAAAGAAAAUUAGAAGACCAAUUCCACCAAAUACUCCCAAAUGUGUCAUCAGCUAAAAUCACAAUCAGUGUCAACAGUUCUGGAAACGUUCAAGUGUACUAUAUGGAAAAGGUUCAAAAAGUUAAAAGCACAAAUAUCUGCAAAACACCUUACACUGAGACCUCAUUCAAAAAAAUUGAUUUUGCUUUAC